UAAUUAAAAGACAAGUUCUUUCUUGAUGGGUAUUUGUAUGAGCAAAGGGGGAAACUCAAAGCAAAAGAAAGGAAACAAUAAUUCAAUGGCGCGUUCCCAAAACCUUAAAAUAGACAACAACAAUAAUAAUAUACUGGAGAAGCCAUACGAGGAUAUUAGGAGACACUACAGGAUAAUGGAAAAGCUGGGCAAGGGAAAAUUCGGGGUUACUUAUCUUUGUACUGAAAUCUCAACCGGCAAGAAAUUUGCCUGCAAAUCCAUCUCAAAGAGGAAGAAGAUUGAUGAAGUGGACAAGAACAACAUAAGGAGAGAGAUUCAAAUAAUGCAACAUCUGAGUGGGCAAGCAAAUAUAGUUGAAUUCAAGGAUGCUUAUGAAGACAAACAUUAUGUUCAUAUAGUUAUGGAGCUUUGUUCAGGAGGUGAACUUUUCGAUAGAAUUACUGCGCGACAUCAUUACAGUGAAAGGGCUGCAGCUUCCAUUUGUAAGGCUAUUGUGAAGGCGAUUAACCAUUGUCAUUUCAUGGGUGUGAUGCAUAGAGACAUCAAACCUGAGAAUUUCCUGUUAUCUGAUAAAACUGAAAACUCUGUUUUGAAAAUAACAGAUUUUGGUCUCUCUGUUUUCAUUCAGCAAGGAAAACAUUAUCACGACGUGGUUGGAAGUGUUUACUAUAUUGCUCCAGAAGUUUUGCGAAAGAGAUAUGGAAAAGAAGCAGAUAUAUGGAGUGCAGGAGUAAUAUUGUACAUGUUACUAUGUGGUUUACCUCCUUUCUGGGAUGAAACAGAGACAGGAAUAUUCGAUGCCAUUCUAAAAGGACAAUUCGAUCUUCAAAUCGAUCCUUGGCCAUCCAUAUCCACCUCUGCAAAGGAUCUUGUUCGAAGGAUGUUAACUCAAAAUCCCAAUAGGAGGAUAACUUCUGCUCAGAUCCUCGAGCAUCCAUGGAUACGAGAAGGUGGAGAAGCAUCUAAUAAGCCAUUAAACAACGCAGUAUUGAUGAGAAUGAAACAAUUUGGAGCGAUGAAUAAACUGAAGAAACUAGCACUCAAGGUUAUUGCUGAAAAUCUAUCUGAAGAAGAAAUACAAGGGCUAAAAGUAAUAUUCACCAACAUGGACACAGAUAAGAAUGGUACCAUAAGCUUCCAGGAACUUAAGGAAGGCUUGUCUCGACUCGGUUCAAAACCUACUGAAGCCGAGGUCAAGCAACUAAUGGAAGCAGCAGACAUAGAUGGAAAUGGGUUGAUUGAUUACCAUGAAUUCAUAGCUGCUACAAUGCAUACACAUAAAAUUGAUAAAGAAGAUCAUCUCUACACAGCAUUUCAGUAUUUUGACAAAGACAAUUGUGGGUAUAUCACGAAAGAUGAACUUGAGGCAGCAGUAAAAAAGAAUAGUACUAAGGUUGAUGAAGCCUCAAUCAAGAAAAUCAUAUCAGAAAUUGACACUGAUAAUGAUGGAAGAAUAAACUACAUGGAGUUCUGUACAAUGAUGAGGAAGAAGGCAUAGAUUGAUAAUUCUCAGCAAUAUGUAUUAGUACUGUUAAAUGUCAUGAUUCAUAAUUUAAUAAUCAACAUAACCCAUGU